AUGCCACCUAAGCGUCCCGUCCCCUCCUACGCCGUCGCCGACGACCUCGAACGCAAGCCCAACGAGGACGAGCUCGGCGCCACCUCCUCCCCACCGCCCACCAAGCGCCCCAAGGCCUCGCCCAAGCCCAAGUCGAGCUACGGCGGCGAGCAGAAGGGCGCAUGGACCCCCGCCGAGCUCCUGCAGCUCUACCACCACGUCACGAUGCACGGCAAGACGCGCUGGGAGAGCGCCGUGCCCGGCCGGAGCGCACAGCAGGCGCGCGAGACUUGGGGUAGGCGGCUGGAUGGGAUCCUCACCAAGGCUAUCGCUGGGCUUGGGGGCAAGGCUGCAUAG